AUGAAGAGGCAAUUGAGUAAUUCUCGAACAGCAGUGUAUAAGAGAAACAAAAAAAAAGUCACAGAUUUUUUAACCGCAUUUCCAGUCGGAAACGGCUUACCUGUUCCUCGAAGCUAUUUUCCAACAGAGAAUACUGGCCUAACUGAAAACGAUCGUAUGGUUAUAGACGGUUCUAUCAAUGAUAAUAAUGAUAUUAUUGUUGAUGUUGAUCGAGAAGAGGAAAAUGCUGCAGCUGGAAUAGAUAUCGAGGAUAUUUCUGGGAUCGCCGAAGAUGUUAACGUUAUCAUUAAUAGUGAAGAACAAGAUUAUGCAGAUCAUGAUGACGACGAUGAUGAUGAUGAUGAUGAUGAUGAUGAUGAUGAUGAUGAUGAUGAUGAUGAUGAUGAUGAUGAUGAUGAUGAUGAUGAUGAUGAUGAUGAUGAUGAUGAUGAUGAUGAUGAUGAUGAUGAUGAUGAUGAUGAUGAUGAUGAUGAUGAUGAUGAUGAUGAUGAUGAUGAUGAUGAUGAUGAUGAUGAUGAUGAUGAUGAUGAUGAUGAUGAUGAUGAUGAUGAUGAUGAUGAUGAUGAUGAUGAUGAUGAUGAUGAUGAUGAUGAUGAUGAUGAUGAUGAUGAUGAUGAUGAUGAUGAUGAAAAUGAGAAUUGUUAUCGUCCAUAUUUUCGUUUUAAAAACAUGCCAGAUGCACAUGUUCCCUUGAUAGCUAAACGUGAUGUCACUGCAAAAGAUCACAUACUUUCUGCUAUUGCUUUGUCAGUACGACACCGAUGGACGUAUGAGUCUACAAUGGAUCAUUUAAAAUUGUUAAAAUCGGUAUAUCAUCACAAUUCAAUACCAACGACUAAAGAACAACUUUGGAAAUGUCUUGACCGUCAUGACAAUUUGCUAGAAUAUCAUUAUUAUUGCCAAAAAUGCCGGGAUUAUUUAGGUUUAAAAAAUUUAGCGACAAAUAAACUGCAAAAAGAAUGCAAGUGUGGUACUUGUGGUCCCGAUGACGAAUUAGAAUCUGAUUUAAAUUAUUUUAUAUAUAUUAAUCUGACUGCACAAAUUAAAGAACUGUUAUCGUUGCCUGAUAUUAGUGAAUCAUUAAGAUAUCGAUUUUGGCGAACAAAAAAUGACCCUAAUGGUUAUGAAGACAUUUAUGAUGGUGACGAAUAUAAGGCUUUAAGUGCUCCGGGAAAAUUGUUAGAAAAAUGGUAUAAUUUUUCGUUUACGAUCAAUACCGAUGGAUGUAACGUGUCCAAAUCAUCAAAUUCCAGUGCAUGGCCGGUUUAUGCCGAGAUAAACGAACUACCACCACAUUUACGCAAGAAACACAUGCUGCUCGCGGCGAUAUUCAUUGAUGGAGAACAUCCAAUCAUGAAUAACUAUUUUAGACCAUUCACUAGUGAAAUGCAACUUCUUUUCACUGAAGGUAUCAAGUGGAAUCCUCCAAAUUCUCACGAAAUUACAUCAAGAUUUAUUGUUACAACGUGUACUUUAGAUUCACCAGCUCGAGCAGCAGUAGUUUGUAUGAAGCAGUUUAAUGGAAAAUUUGGAUGUCUAUACUGUUAUGCGAAGGGUAGAAGUUUAGGUCCUGGUAGGUUCGUUUAUCCUCUUGCACAGUGUUACAAAAGACUACGAACGGAUGCAGAGUUAAGGCAAGAUAUGAUGCAAGCUUUCGAUACAAGAAAAAUAGUACAUGGAGUAAAAAAUGUAUCGUCAUUAACAGCGUUGCCAUUAUUUAACAUAAGUAAAGGUGUUGUUGUUGAUGCGAUGCAUGCUGUGUUCAUUGGAGCAAUUAAACAGUACACAAAAAUAAUAUUGAAAGAAACUCAAUCACCUUAUUAUGUUGGAAGUCCUGUUCAUCAGAAGUCAAUAGAUGAAUACUUGUUGAAAAUCAGGCCUCCAUCAUGUCGCUCCCGGAAACCAAGGUCUAUAAGUACAUAUUUGAAAUGGAAAGCAUCGGAAUGGCGAAAUUGGCUCGACUACGCUCCAAUUUGCUUAAAGGACGUAUUACCAAUCAAAUAUGUCCGUCACCUAGCAUAUUUAUCGGAAGCAAUCCAUUACUUAAAUAGUGAUUGUAUAACACAAGCAGAUUUAGAUCGUAGUGAGAUGUUAUUGAAGAAAUAUGUCAGACUUUUUCAGAAAUAUUUUGGUUUGAAAAAUAUGACUUCCAACAUUCAUUUAUUAACGCAUCUUGUAGAAACUGUACGGAAUUGGGGCCCAAUAUGGGUGCAUGAGGCGUUUAUUUUCGAAUCGUGGAAUAAGCGGAUUAUGGAUUUGAUAAGUAGCCCUCAUGCUCGAACUAACCAGGUGGCAACGCGUUUUCUCAUGCACAAAUUUAUAAUAACCUCGAUGUAUGAUGAAACUGUUUCGCAAGAAAGAAGGAAGUUCAUUAGUAAAAUUUUAAAAAUGUCUAUGGAUGUUGAUCGUGUCCGUGUGAAAAAUCGUGUGAUAGGCUUAGGAAAGUCAGUUACCCGUUUACCAACGGAAAACGAGCGCGUAGCUUUGAUGAAUAUUGGAUAUACGCCUUUAAACAUAAAAUGUUUUAAUAAAAUGACAUUGAAUGGAACAACAUAUGAGUGUAUAAAUGAAAAGAAUUGUAAAUUUUGUAAUUCUACGGUUUACGGUGGUAAUGGAAUAUUUGGUUCUAUAGUUUCAAUAAUUACUUUUUCCCACAACAAUGAAACGACUGGUGGAAUUUUCAUUCGGCGAUUGAGACAUGUAAACUAUGCAUUCAGUACUCAAUUUAUUAAUGCAGUAACACUGUCUGAUGAAUUUAUUUUUAUAAAAGAAUCUGAACUGAUUAAACCAGCGGUUCAAAUUUCUGCAUCAAAUAAAUUGUAUGUUAUUAAACAAGCAAAUUGCUGGGAAACAGAUUAA